CCUGUCUUUUUUCCACGGUAUACUCUAUACUUCGACUGCGACUGCUGCACAAACCUCACCCUUAGUGCAGACGUGCAGUACUUUUUGUCGACCAAAAAAGAAAAGAGACUCCACUCCCGUUGCUCGAUACCCUUUCUGAACUUCUUCUUACAUUCCUGAGUUACAGUUUCUGGAUUUCGAUGUUGAAACCCUUAGAGGAGCACGAUUACAUCGGCUUAUCAGAGGCUCCCUCAAUGGAGCACUCGGAAAAGACUCGCAUUUCAUCAAUUGGAAGUGAGAGCAGAGACAAAGAUUUGAACUUGAAGGCUACUGAGCUUAGAUUGGGCUUGCCCGGUUCUGAGUCCCCAGACAGGUCAACGGAGGGGGGUUUGAGGUGUUUGACUUCUGGUGCCAAAAGGGGGUUCUCAGACGCCGCACAUGGUUGUUCUGGGAAGUGGGGGUUCUCUGGAUCUGAGGUUGAAAUGAAGAAAAGUGGCUUCAAUGGCGGUGUUAAGAUUCUUUGUCCUGAGAGCAGCAACCAGCAGACUCAAGUUGCUUCAGAUGAUGUCAAAGAAGAGAGGAAGUCUCUCAUUGCUCCUGCUGCAAAGUCCCAGGUGGUAGGGUGGCCCCCAAUUCGAUCUUUUCGAAAGAAUUCAUUGAAUGCUAAUCCUCCCAAGAAGGAAGAAAAAGAAGAUUUCAACGGAAAGUCGGGAUCAAGUCGUCUUUAUGUCAAAGUCAGCAUGGAUGGUGCCCCUUACUUGAGGAAAGUUGACCUCAAGAAUUUCAGAAGCUAUAAGGAUCUGUCUAUGGCUCUGAAGAACAUGUUUAGCUGCUGUACAGUUGAACAUGUGCUUACCUUCGAGGACAAGGAUGGCGAUUGGAUGCUCAUUGGUGAUCUCCCAUGGGAAAUGUUUGUAGAUGCCUGCAAACGCCUAAGGAUAAUGAAAAGUUCAGAUACAAUUGAUCUUGGAGUUCUGGACGCCAAGUGCCAGAUGAUCUAUUUCUGUGGUGUUACUUGUUAGGGUGUUAAUACUCCUACACCCGAUUCCUUCAAGAUGACAAGUACGCCAGGGGCGUAGCUCAGUUGUGGCAAAUGGGUGUCACAAGAGAGAGGUUUGGAGUUCAAUUUGUGACAAGGACUUGAGUUGGAACCUCAUUUUCUCUACACUGGUUUGUGAUAAAAACUCCUUAUAUUCUCUUGGAUGAUUCUCCGACCAAGGCCCUAAGGAAUGGAGUGUCAUCCUUUGAAGAGGACAAUUUCGUAGACCAUAGUUUGUUGUGUAAAUGUCACUUUUUUUAAUAAAAAAUACUACAUAGUAUUAUGCUAUCAUUAAUCAUUAAUAUCGAGUAUUCUAUGUACUUUCCACUUAUCUAUAUAAUAUAAUAAAGCAAACAUUUUGAGACCUCUUU